AACUUCAAUUAUUAUUAUCUUCCAAAAAAACAAAAUUAUACAGAUGAUGAUGAUAUGGAACUUCGAUUGGCUAAUAUUCACUGUGUCUCUCUAAAAACCAUCCACUUAUCAAGAUAAGAUGGACCCUACACUCAUCCAAUCUAAACCAAUAUCUCACGAUUCUUAUCUAAUCACAUCAUUCUCAACCGUUAGAUCAAAUUCACCAUUAACCGUAUCAUACGCCCAUACACCGCGACACACUAGAUUAACCAAAUCAAGAUCAUCGUAGCCGUCCGAUCAAUAAGUAUCAUCUCUUGAAAUACUCGAAAACCUCAUAUCUUCGCUUCCUCUUUGCUCUCACUGUCUAAAACUCUGAAUUUCGAUUUCAAUGGAGUCACGCGUGCUGUUACGCGCCACCGCGAAUGUCGUCGGAAUUCCGAAAUUGAGACGACCUAUCGGAGCGAUCCACCGUCAAUUCAGCACUGCGUCGUCAUCUUCCUCGUCUUUCUCGGUUAAACCAAUCGGAGGAAUCGGAGAAGGAGCGAAUCUGAUCUCCGGUCGUCAGCUUCGUCCGAUUCUUCUUCUCGAUUCGUCGGCGAUCAACGGCGGAGAGAAAAGAGAGAUUCUCAAACCGGUUAAAGCCGCCGCUGCUGAAGGUGGAGAUACCGCUGGGGAAGCUAAAGUUGGAUUCCUCGCCAAGUAUCCAUGGCUAGUCACUGGGUUCUUCUUCUUCAUGUGGUACUUCUUGAAUGUGAUUUUCAACAUCCUUAACAAGAAGAUCUAUAAUUACUUCCCUUAUCCCUAUUUUGUAUCGGUGAUACACUUGUUCGUGGGAGUGGUAUACUGCUUGAUCAGCUGGUCCGUGGGCCUUCCUAAACGAGCCCCAAUUGACUCGAAUCUCCUCAAGGUAUUGAUACCAGUUGCAGUCUGUCACGCCAUAGGCCAUGUCACUAGCAAUGUUUCCUUUGCCGCGGUUGCUGUCUCCUUCACCCACACCAUCAAAGCACUUGAGCCAUUCUUCAAUGCGGCUGCUUCUCAAUUCAUUAUGGGACAAUCCAUCCCCAUAACAUUAUGGUUGUCUCUAGCUCCUGUUGUUCUUGGUGUUGCAAUGGCUUCACUUACUGAGCUAUCAUUCAACUGGCUUGGUUUCAUCAGUGCCAUGAUCUCAAACAUUUCCUUCACUUACCGAAGCAUCUUCUCCAAGAAAGCCAUGACUGAUAUGGACAGUACAAAUGUCUACGCUUACAUCUCCAUCAUCGCUCUCUUUGUCUGCAUUCCUCCUGCCAUCAUCGUUGAAGGUCCUAAACUACUGAACCAUGGUUUCGCCGACGCCAUUGCUAAAGUUGGAAUGACAAAAUUCAUCUCUGAUCUCUUCUGGGUUGGAAUGUUUUACCAUCUCUACAAUCAGUUGGCUACAAAUACCUUGGAAAGGGUCGCACCGCUGACUCACGCGGUUGGAAACGUGCUGAAACGUGUGUUCGUGAUCGGUUUCUCCAUCGUUAUCUUCGGAAACAAGAUAUCGACACAGACAGGUAUAGGAACAGGAAUAGCCAUUGCUGGUGUUGCAAUGUACUCUAUCAUUAAGGCCAAGAUCGAAGAAGAGAAACGGCAAGGAAAGAAAGCUUAGAGAGCGACGUAAGACGGCGGUCGACGGUUGCAUAAACAAGUCCUCCGAUGGAUAUAUUUAUAUAAUAAAUAACCAAAUGCAAUAGUAUGUUGUAUUGUACCAUCAACCAUUGUUUUCGAGUUUUUCCUUUCUUUGUUUUUUUGCUUUCUGAAAAGUUAUAUAUAAUUUUUUAUUCUGUUUUUAAUGGAGAACAUUUCCAUUUCUUUUGAUAUGCAAUUAUCUUGACGGAUAAAAGGCAUAAUAAUGUAUUUAUUUGCUCUUAUA